AUGGUAAGAAUGCAUGUGGGAGACGGCAGGAGAGGAGCAGAAGGGAAACACCUCGAGCAGGGGAGAGAGAGAGAGAGAGAGAGAGAGAAUGUGUGUGAGCAGCAGUACACAGUGUUUACAGUGAAGGAAAGAAAGGACUAACGCAGGAGUUAGAAAAGAAAGUUGGAUGAGAGCGUGACAGGAAGAGAAGAGAAGAGAGGAAGAGAGAUCAUGGGCUGCUUCUUCAGCAAACGGAGUAAAGUCGAGGAACGAGUUCUCCAUUUCACUGACGGGCCUCAAACACGGGACUGCGCUGAGGAUGCGGAGAUCCUCAGCCUCACUGAGGUUGGAGCACAGUCUUUAAAAGGGGGAAAGAUUGAGAAGAAAAACCACUGUGUUGUGUGUAGACAGAUUUUAGACAGUGAUGGAGCCUGUUAUAGAGAAUGUAAAAGUGCAGUUAAGAGUAACAGUGAAAUGAAGUCAUCUAAAAGUCAAAGCACCGCUCCUCCCAGGAGUGACAGCGUGGAUUGCGUGAUGGAGAACGUCAUGGAGAGCCGUUAUGAUUUCGACCUGAUCUACAUCACCGAGAGGAUCAUCUCUGUCUUUUUCCUGCCUGACCUGGAUGAACACCACUAUCGCAGAAACCUGAAGGAAGUGGCGGCCAUGUUGAAAUCGAGACAUCAGGAGAAGUUUCUGGUCAUAAAUCUGUCUGAGAAGCGUCAUGACAUCUACAGAUUAAACCCCAAGGUCGAAGAGUUUGGUUGGCCGGACCUACAUGCCCCACCCCUGGAUAAGAUUUGCACCGUGUGUAAGACUAUGGAAGGCUGGUUGAACUCCGACCCCCGCAAUGUCAUCGUGCUUCACUGCAAGGGUAACCGUGGCAAGACUGGAGUAAUAAUAUCAGCGUACAUGCACUUCAGCAAGAUAUCAGCCGGGGCAGAUCACGCUCUGACCACCGUCGCCAUGAGGAAGUUUUGUGAGGAUAAAAUCUCCUCCUCUCUACAGCCGUCUCAGAACAGAUAUGUUUAUUAUUUUUCCGGGCUUCUGUCUGGUGCAAUCAAGAUAAACAGCUCAUCCCUGCUCCUGCACCAGGUUCACAUUCCAGCUAUAACCAACUAUGAGCCCGGUGAAGCUUAUGCACCAUUUCUGAAGAUCUAUCAGUCUCUGAAACUGGUCUACGCCACAGGAAUAUAUGAAACCAACAGCUCCAGGAAGCAAAUGUUGUGCAUCAAAAUAGAACCGGCUCUACUGUUGAAGGGGGACAUUAUGGUGAAGUGUUAUCAUCGGCGCUCAAAUGUGUGUGAAAGAGAGUGUGUGUUCAGAGUGCAGUUUCAUACAUGUACCGUUCACGGAUCACAGCUUUGGUUCGGAAAAAAAGAGCUGGAUCGUGCAUGCUCAGAUAAACGCUAUCCAGCUGAUGCUACAGUGGAGCUUGUGUUCUCCACUAAUCCAGACCAAAAGAGAGGAGAGGAGAUUCAGAGGAAGGAUCCUGGGGGGAGUCCAGUUAUCAGCUGCACGGAUCCUGUAGUGCGCUGGGACUCAUAUGAAAACUUUAAUCUUCACCAUGAGGACAGUAUAGAGGAUAUCUGUCACACUCGCGGCCCACUAGAUGGCAGUUUGUACGCCCAGGUGAAGAAGCGCCGCGUACCUGGAUCCACUACCAAUAACCCACAAGUCAUCAACUGCUCCACUCCCAGUCAGUUACCCUGUCUUAGCUCUGACUCAGGUCACCGUUCCACUCACUCAGAGCUUGAGGGACCACCACGACUUUCUUCAUCCCAUUAUCCUCACCAAAGGGAGGACAAAGAGAGUGACAGGGAAAGGGAUAAACCAAAUGUGAGACAGAAGGAUCGAGAGACAGCUAUACUUGAUGAUGGGGAUUGCUCUCAUGUCCGGGUGGAGCGCUCUUGCUGUGGUCGUCCCUAUUCCCACCCUCAUUCCUACUUGGGCCCUGAUUUGUCCAAAACACCCCCUCAAAAACUCCAUCCCAAACACUACACGCUGCCUUGUACUCGUACUUCCACUCUGCCUGUCUGUGAGCCGUGUGGGUCUCAGCCGGACUUUCUGUGGGAGAGAGGGCAUUGUCAGAAUCACGUCUGCACUCGGUCCUGUUACCCUUACUCUUCGCCAGAAACACACACUCAUACCUGUACUCGUCCGUCCCAUGCGCACACACUUCCUGUACAAGCUCGCGUAUUCUGUUCAGGGGAUACAUGCCCUCUGUUCCAUUACUCUGCUCUAGCCCACAACCACACCCACAUUCCACCAUCUCAGUCUUCCCACCAAUCCCUGCCUUCCAGUCCUUAUCACGAGUUACGCUUCAGCUCAACUUCACCUACUUCCUGUUCCUGCAGGGACUGCUCACACCUGCGGGAGGAUCUGUCCCACUCUCUCAGAGUGAGCCAACUCGAAAGCCUCCCUUGGCACCGAGAGCCAAGGUUUGGAUAUAGGCGGGAGGGGGCUGUGCACUGGACAAGAGAUGGAGAUAUGGAGUCUCAGGACCCAGACUGCUGGCAGCACAGAGCUGUUAUGCCACCCAUGAUGGCAUCCUUUGGACAUGGACAUAGACAUUGCCAUUCCAUCUCUAAACAAGACCGUCCAGUCUAUGGAGCAGAUCCCCGACCAGACCCUUCAUCAAGUCCAUAUACAAGCCCCCACAGCAGUGGAUACCACAGCCCCCAUCUACCCUGGCCCUGCUCCCCCCCACAUAUUAGAGACAGUCCUGGCUAUGCUUCCAUGGCUCAGUCUCCAAACUCAUCUCCACUAACUCACACCCCUUCCCCAAAAAGGACCAGUCUUACCCAACAUCACAUUCAGAACCCCAUGUCUGGAAAAGAUAUCCAAUUCAACCACACAGAAGUCUCAGAUGAACAUUCAAAGCUGAAAAAUCCCCAUGAGGUUUCUACAAAAGAGGAUUGUAAUAAUGCUCUUUCUCUGCAAGUCCAAAACAAUGUAGGACCACCAAUAGACCCAGAAGAGUCGGGCAAUAAUGACAUUAGAGAUUCUCCACCUAACAGCAGUACCUCAGCUGAGCUCACCGAAGAGGUACAACAGUCCGAGGCAAAAAAUGCAGAUGUCACAGAGUCCACAUCCACUACAAUCCUUCCGAGUGAGCCUAGCCAAACCGCUGAACAACCAGUCACAGCUUUGGGAGCAGAGCCUCUUGUGUAUGUCACUCAGGUACAAGGGAAUACCUCAUUACCUACUGAGAUGGAAAAGAACUCUGCAUGCCCAUCAGAAAGAAGCUCCACCUGUGAAUUUCUUUUAUUGGGCCCCAGAUCUGAGGGACAGAGCCUGACCUCUUUAACCGACAGGGCUUCAUCCAAUGAGGAUGGUAGUAAUAGUGAUUUGAGAGCUCCCUCCCCAGUGCCUGAUGGCUACAUCACACCUUUGUUCCCUUUGUCAUCAUCCAACUACCCUCUCUUGACUGUGCCUCAUCUUCCGUACACUGGCUACACUGCAAUUACCAUUCCUUCUUACCCUCCUCAACCCCCUCUCCCUGAAAAACAGCGUGUUAGUUCUCUCCAGGAUUCUUCCACAAGUGCAUCCUCAGUCAGAUCAUCCACAGCAUCUUCCACCUCUUCCUUCCAGGCUCAAAUCACAUUCUUACCCACUGCAGACACCAGACAAAAAGUAACUCCAGAACCGGAAAAUAGUGUCAGUGCCAAGUUUGUGCAGGAUACCUCCAAGUUCUGGUACAAGCCUGGAAUCUCCAGAGAUCAAUCAAUUGCUGUUUUGAAGGAUAAGGAGCCUGGCUAUUUUCUAAUAAGGGACAGCAGCUCAUUCCAGGAUGCAUAUGGACUGGCUCUUAAAGUGGCCACACCCCCUGCUCAUGUCAGCAACCAUGGCCACAACUCCCACUCACAGGAGCAGCUGGUCAGACACUUUCUGAUCGAGAGCGGAGCAAAAGGAGUGAAAAUAAAAGGCUGUCAGAACGAAACGUACUUUGGAUCUCUGUCUGCUCUGGUAUACCAGCACUCCAUCACACCUGUCUCUCUGCCCUGCAAACUACACAUCCCAGACCAAGAUCUUGUAGGAGAGUUGCAGGAGAAGCAGACUGGCACCAACACCAGCACGGCUGCAGAACUGCUCAAACAGGGAGCUGCCUGCAAUGUUCUCUAUAUAAACUCUGUGGACACUGAGUCUCUGACUGGCCCACAAGCCAUCUCCAGAGCAGUGAAGUGCACUCUGACUCAGGAACCCUGCUCUUCAGCAACCGUAGUUCACUUCAAAGUGUCUACUCAGGGCAUCACUCUUACAGACAAUCAACGCAGACUGUUCUUCAGGAGACAUUAUCCAAUCCAUAGUGUUAUAUUCAGCUGCGUGGAUCCAGAGGAUCAAAGGUGGACUGCUGCUGAAAAUUCCUCCAACAGGAUGUUUGGAUUUGUAGCGAGGCGCAGUGGGAGCAGUUUGGGAAACGUGUGUCACCUGUUUGCAGAACUCGAUCCGGAGCAGCCGGCCACGGCUAUCGUCAACUUCAUCAAUAAAGUCAUGCUGGGACCACAUCACAUCCGCAAGUGAGGGAGGAGAAGAGAAGAGAAGAGAAAAGAUUUUUAAAAGUUUUUAUUUUUAUCCUUGAUUUAAAUAUUACUAUAUAAUAGUAUCUUUAUAAAUAAUAAUAUAUUGAAAAAUAUUGACUACAUCAUCCAGUUUAUAAACUGCACUGUGCAUUGAGUACUGAAAUAAAUUUAUAAUGUCUAAUAUAAAUUUCAAGAAUGAUUGUAAUACUGUUUUACUAGUUAUUUUCCCUUUCUGAUAUUCCUGUUCAUUAAUAAUCAUUGGGUUGUGUUUUUCCCCCCAGAAAGUAAAUUGUAGCAGCGUUACCAUGCCUGAGUUUUAUUUUUUAUUUUAUUUUAUAUAUAUAUAUAUAUAUAUAUAUAUAUAUAUAUAUUCCUUUGGCUUGUGUUUGGGUAUUUUGCUUUUUUCUUUCAUUCUUCAUAGAUAAUUAUAUCCGUGUAAAAUGAAGCGUAUAUUAAAUGAUUUUCUCACACUCCAGUCCUAUUCCAUGAUCUACAUUUCCCAGCAUGCAUAGCGGAGAUCUCGUUUUCAUCCUGUUUUGAACAUCAGUGUGUUUCUCUAAACAUCAGCCUCCUGGUUCUCAUAACUAUUCUUUAUUUAUGACAAAAUCUAUAAUAAUAUAAGAUUGUUUAAGAGAAAUUGUGUUCUCUUUAUACUGCUUUAUUAAAACACAUUUAUCCCACAGUGCUGCUGAGUUCUGGAUCCCGAUUGGUCAGAAGGUGUGGAUUAAUGUUCUAUAACAGCGACUCUGACAGUCGUGCAGGUUUAUAUUAAUGCGCUCGUUUCUAAAAUGUUAUUGUUUCUAUAGUAACCACUCAAUCAUAGGGAUGUAUACAGCAGACACACGCGCCACUGAUAUGAUCUGUUGAUCGUAAAAUUUGUUGUCAUGGUGAGGUUUUCUAUAAAGAGAGGUUUAUGUAACAUUUAUGGAAGGAGUCUCCAGUGUCAGAAGAGAUGCUGGUGAAGGAUGACUCUUAAUAGCUGCUAUAACAUAAGUGAGAACAGAAAUUAACUCGUUUCAGGGACAUUCUACAACAUUAAAUGUAACAAUAAAAGGAUAAAAAAAAGGACCAUAUAUUUUUAAUACUUAAAAAAUAUUAUCAUUGGCAGAUUGCUGUGAUGUAAGAGGAAUAAAACGUUUCAGGAUGUGCUUUAAAGGAAAAUAAUCUCCUUGUGGGUGGUCACUGUAACUGCUUCAUCUCAGCAAAAGAUUAUUUUACCAAAACAGCACAACAUGGAGUGUUUUAUUCUGUACAUUAUACACUCACUAGCGAAGGGAAUUAAAUAAAAAAGCAGUGCAGAGGUGGUUUUGUAAAGCAGACCUGGCAGCCCUGUGUUAUAAACAAUGGUGGAUGAAAAUUAUUGUUAUUGUUUUUAGAGAAGUGAAAUUUGAGUCAGUUUUUGGUGGACAGAUUCUGCAUUAACAUUAAAGUUAUUUCAUAAUCAGGAUUUCUUGUUUUCUCUUUUACUGAUGAAUAUGUGUUUAUUAACCAUUAAUACAUUUAAAAGGUGAAAUGUAAAUCUUUUUUAUUCUUAAACCAAACUUGACUUCAUCGUCCAACUAUCUAUAAAUUGCUCCAUAAAUCCACUAGAGACUUUACCAACCAAAGUUAUGAUGCUGACUUUUAAUUUGCAUUAAAAUAAUAUUAUUAUUACUAU